AUGGAGGCUGCCCUGGAGUCCUCGGCUGAGGACCCGCUGAGGGACUUCGUGCGAGUUCUGGAGAAGAGAGAUGGCACGGCGUUACGACUGCAGCAGCACAGCUCCGGCGGCGUGGGCUGCGUGGUGUGGGACGCUGCCAUCGUUCUCUCCAAAUACCUGGAGACGCCCGCGUUCGCCGGCGACGGGGCCCACGCGCUGCGCCGGCGGUCGGUGCUGGAGCUGGGCGCCGGCACCGGGGCCGUGGGGCUCAUGGCCGCGACCCUCGGGGCAGAUGUUGUAGUCACCGAUCUUGAGGAAUUGCAAGACUUGCUGAAGAUGAAUAUUAAUAUGAACAAGCAUCUUGUCACUGGUUCUGUUCAAGCCAAGGUACUGAAAUGGGGGGAAGAAAUAGAAGACUUUCCUUCUCCGCCAGACUACAUACUGAUGGCCGACUGCAUAUACUACGAAGAGUCUUUGGAGCCGCUGUUGAAAACUCUAAAAGAUCUCAGUGGAUCUGAGACUUGUAUUAUAUGUUGUUACGAACAGCGAACAAUGGGGAAAAAUCCAGAAAUUGAGAAAAAAUAUUUUGAGCUCCUUCAACUAGACUUUGACUUUGAAAAAAUUCCUUUGGAAAAGCAUGAUGAAGAAUAUCGAAGUGAAGAUAUUCAUAUUUUAUACUUCAGAAAGAAAAAAUCGAAAUUUCCAUCGUGA